GGGAAGCGGCGAAGCCGGGAGCGCGGGGCUCAGUCGGGGGGCGGCGGCGGCGGCGGCUCCGGGGAUGGCGGCGGCUCCGCUGCUGCUGCUGCUGCUGCUCGUGCCCGUGCCGCUGCUGCCGCUGCUGGCCCAGGGGCCAGGGGGUGCUCUGGGAAACCGGCAUGCGGUGUACUGGAACAGCUCCAAUCAGCACCUGCGGCGAGAAGGCUACACCGUGCAGGUGAACGUGAAUGAUUAUCUGGAUAUUUACUGCCCACAUUACAACACCUCGGGGGUGGGCCCCGGGGCGGGGCCGGGCCCCGGAGGCGGGGCGGAGCAGUACGUGCUGUAUAUGGUGAGCCGGGCCGGCUACCGCACCUGCAACGCCAGCCAAGGCUUCAAGCGCUGGGAGUGCAACCGACCGCACGCCCCCCACAGCCCCAUCAAGUUCUCGGAGAAGUUCCAACGCUACAGCGCCUUCUCACUGGGAUACGAGUUCCACGCCGGCCACGAGUACUACUACAUCUCCACGCCCACCCACAACCUGCACUGGAAGUGUCUGAGGAUGAAGGUGUUCGUCUGCUGCGCCUCUACAUCGCAUUCCGGGGAGAAGCCGGUCCCCACUCUCCCCCAGUUCACCAUGGGCCCCAAUGUGAAGAUCAACGUGCUGGAGGACUUUGAGGGCGAGAACCCCCAGGUGCCCAAGCUUGAGAAGAGCAUCAGCGGGACCAGCCCCAAGCGGGAACACCUGCCCCUGGCUGUGGGCAUCGCCUUCUUCCUCAUGACACUCUUGGCCUCCUAGUUCUGUCCCCUCUCUGGGCAGGGAGAGAUGGGGCGGGCUGGAAAGGAGCAGGGAGACUUUGGCCUCUUCAAGGGAAACAGAGGGGGCCCAGACUCCCACACCAAUGGCUGGAAGUGGGGUCUGCACCAAACAUCUGUGCCUGCCCCUUCUUUCUUCUUCCUCCAGGCAGGCACUGUAGGUGCAGGGACAGCCACAGGCCCCAGGUGGCCUUGCGGCUCUGGUAAUGUUCGGUACCAAAUUAGGGGGCCAUAAAGGGCAGUGCUCAGGACUCCCUGGCCCCUGGUACUUUUUCCUGCCCCCUGGCACCCUCCCCCUUCGUCCUCUCAGAGAGACAAAUACACCCUGGAGGGAGUAAAUCGAAUUGUGGGAGGCACCCCCCACUCUCUCCUGCAGGGGCAGAAGGUGGGGAGGGGACUAGAUGGCAAGGGGGUAGCACCGCCCGCUGCCCCCUUUCCCUGUUUACAGCAAUAAGCAUGUCCUCCUCCCCUCACUCCCACCCCCCAAGAUUAUGGUUUGGAUUGAAUCCAAGUUUACAAGUAGACACCCUGUGGGGGAAGGCAGUGGACAAGGGUGGCAAGGGGUGGGCAUUGGGGUGCCAGGCAGGCAUGUACAGACUCUAUAUCUCUCUAUAUAUAAUGUACAGUCAGACAGAACUCCUCCCCAUCCUUAACCUCCUGACCUACCUUGACUUCCCCUUUAAGCUUCAGACCCCUUCCCCACCAGGCUAGGCCCCCGUGGGGGAUCCCCUGGCCCCUCUUUUGUCUUCUGUGAAGACAGGACCUAUGCAACGCACAGACACUUUUGGAGACAGUGAGACAACAAUGACCCCUCCCCUUCAGCCCUGAGCCAAACCUUAAUCCCAGGACCUUGUCCUGCCCACCCAAUGUGGCCCCCACCCAUCCUCCUGGGCCUUUUUCAAGUGCUUUGGCUGUGACUUUCAUACUCUGCUCUUAGUCUAAAAAAAAUAAA